AUGCUUAUCUUAACAAUAGAAUCAUACGAGAACAGCAAGACUCGAUAUGGUUCAACCGUUGAAGGCACUGAUACGACUUGUACUUGUUCUUCAGUAUCGUCUGGUGUCUGUAUGACAUACGCAUGUAAUACCACAAUACGGAAGAUCAGUUGCUUUCCAGGCUCAAGUCAAAUCGCUCUCGAUGAUGGUAGUUUUAAAGCGUUAUCAGACAUCUCGAUUGGAGAUCGAGUAUUAGUCAAUGAACAUAAUGUCUAUGAACCUGUUAUUGCUUUCAUUCAUGGAGAACGUGAAGGACUCUUCGGAUUUCUUGCCAUUGAUGUACAAUCGACUGUUUCGAAUUAUUCCUCUACGAUUUUUAUCUCAUCGCAUCAUCUUAUGUUUGAUUUCGAAUCUGGCAAUGCUCGUUACGCCAAAAGUUUUCAUGUCGGUGACCUAGUUCAAUUGAUUGAAAAUGCUCAAACAGUUUCCGGCAAAAUUAUCGACAUUCGACCAACAAAACAGAAAGGAUUCUAUGCUCCGCUCACUCCAUCUGGCACUAUUGUUGUCGAUGGAGUUUUGUGUUCGAACUAUGCUGUAGUAGAAAAUCAUGCCUUGGCCCAUAAAGUGAUGGGUAUCUAUCGAUGGUGGAUUAGUCUUGCUGGUGCACCUACAUUAAGCAAUCGACUACCUUGGAUAUUGCAAGUUAUGUACAAUGUGGAAAAAAACAUAGGAUUUAGUAUUUGGAAAACAUUUUUAACUAGUUAUAUUUGA